CACACCUUCACAUCUUUUAUAUACACACAAAAUCCCUCACUCUCUACCACUCACUCACUCACUCAUUCAACUGCUCUGCAGUUCCUCCACGAACCAGAGCCAUGGACCUUUCUUUCAUCUCCUCCCUUCUCUUACUCCUUUCCACUUUCACUUUUGCAGAUGCAGGGUCAAUCGGAGUAAACUAUGGAAGGAUAGCAGACAACUUGCCUUCAGCUACUAAAGUAGUCCAGCUCCUCAAAUCUCAGGGUCUACAGCGAGUCAAAGUAUUCGACGCUGAUCCAGCCGUUCUCAAAGCACUAUCGGGAACCCGAAUCAAAGUAACCGUCGACCUGCCCAACGAGCUUCUUUACUCUGCUGCCAAACGCCCCUCAUUUGCUUUCUCUUGGGUUCAACGGAACGUCGCUGUUUACUACCCUUCCACUGAAAUCGAAGCCAUUGCUGUGGGAAAUGAGGUGUUUGUUGAUCCACACAACACUACAAAGUUCCUUUUACCUGCAAUGAGAAACAUUCACCAAGCUUUGCAAAAGCUUAACCUUGAUUCUGCUAUUAAAGUCUCUUCCCCUAUUGCAUUAAGCGCUCUCCAAAACUCUUACCCUUCUUCUGCCGGAUCUUUCCGACCCGAGUUAAUUGAACCCGUUUUUAAACCCUUGUUUGAUUUCCUCCGUGAAACUGGUUCUUACCUCAUGGUCAAUGCCUACCCCUUUUUCGCUUACGAGUCUAACUCUGAUGUCAUUUCAUUAGACUACGCUUUGUUUAGAGAAAACCCGGGUGUUGUGGAUGCGGGUAACGGGUUGCGGUAUUUCAGUCUCUUCGAUGCUCAAAUCGACGCCGUUUUUGCUGCUAUGUCCGCUUUAAAAUAUGACGAUAUUAGCAUGGUUAUAACGGAGACCGGUUGGCCGUCAAAAGGGGACGAGAAUGAGUUAGGCGCUAGUGUACAAAACGCUGCCUCAUACAACGGGAAUCUCGUCCGUAGGAUCUUAACUGGUGGUGGGACCCCUUUGAGACCGCACGCAGAUCUGACCGUUUAUCUCUUUGCUCUUUUCAACGAAGACAGAAAGAAUGGGCCCACAUCAGAGAGAAAUUAUGGACUAUUUUACCCUAACGAGCAAAAAGUUUACGACAUCCCUUUCACUGUAGAGGGCCUAAAAAAUUACACGGACAGAUCACCUCCGGCUACUGCUGGCCAACAGGUGGCGACUCCGGUGAGCGGCGGCGUGUCCAAGAGUACUACGGGCAACACGUGGUGCGUGGCGAAUCCUGAUGUGGGGAAAGAGAAGCUGCAGCACGGUCUAGAUUAUGCCUGUGGUGAAGGAGGAGCUGAUUGCCAUCCGAUUCAGCCAGGUGAAACGUGUUACGAUCCCAACACAGUUGAGGCCCACGCGUCGUUUGCUUUCAACAGUUAUUAUCAGAAGAAAGGGCGGGAAAUGGGUACCUGUUACUUCGGAGGCGCAGCUUACGUCGUCACACAACCACCAAAGUUCGGGCAGUGCGAGUUUCCAACAGGAUAUUGAAGAACAGAAAAGGGAAGUCCUGGGAGUGGUUUGGCAAGUGAAAUUUUUGGGGGUCUAAAUGUGUAUUUAAUUAAUUGUGCAGUAGUUGGAAGGAGUUGUUAGACAAUUAUUUUUAACUACAUUUUAUUGUAAUUAAGAGAAAAACCCUUUAGUUUAA